ACAGCUUCUUCUUUAUGCAUCACAACCAUGCACCUGAGAGAAGAUGUGCGGUUAUAAAAUCGGCGUUUAACCUAAAAAGUAAGUGCAAAAGGUUCCAAACAAAUUUAAUUCUUUGUUUGAAAGCAACUAGACUCAACAUUUCACUGCAAACCCGGCGAUAAGUGUGUGAAUAGAAGCACGACAUGGUUUAAGUCAAGGUGCCUCCUGUAAUGCCACUUUUAAGCCCGCCAGCUAAGUUCUAUGCUAAAACUAUCAAGUGCGCCCUAAUUUGCAUCUGCACGGGUUUUGCAUGCAAGCUCUAUAUCUCGAAGAGCUAGUUGGAGCGCUAUGGACGAUUUCGUAGAUGAUUGGCUAUGCUACAACUCCAUUCUAGGAGAAGGGGCCUAUGGCGAGGUGCGCCUUCUAGUGCACAAGAAGAGUGAGGAGAAAAUCGCGUGCAAAAUCAUCGACCAUGCCAAAUACGCCGAUGCUAAAACAAGCAUCGCUCGCGAAGUGCUCAUACACAGUAUGCUGGAGCAUCCCAACAUCAUUAAGUACUUUGGCAAACGCCAGGAACCGCAAAAGGAGUACAUUUUUUUAGAGUACGCAGCCGGAGGCGAGCUGUUUCAGAUGAUCGAGCCCGACAUCGGCAUGCCCUCACGAGACGCUCAGUCUUUCAUGAAACACCUCCUGUGCGGCGUUGAUUAUUUGCACAAAAAGGGCGUCGUCCACAGAGACAUCAAGCCGGAGAACCUGCUGGUUGAUGGAACGGGAGUGCUGAAAAUCAGCGAUUUUGGCCUAGCCACGAUUUUCCGAAUGAAAGGCCGCGAGAGGAAGUUGGAUAAACACUGCGGCACCAAACCGUACAUGGCGCCGGAAAUCUUAAAACGGCCAUAUUUAGCCCGGCCCGCUGACUUGUGGAGCUGCGGAAUUGUGCUAGUCGCUAUGUUGACUGGAGAACUUCCAUGGUCGGAUACGACUGAUAAAAACGAGGAGUUUGCCAAAUGGUGCUCAGAUAAUUACCUAUCAGAGACGCCCUGGUCCAAACUGGGAAACACUGCUUUAAGCCUAGCCAGGCAGAUCUUAGCUGAAGACUCCACUAAACGACUCACCUUGGACCAGAUCCUUAAGCACCCGUGGAUGAGGCUGGACUUUGGAAAUAGCGAAUCCUCCUCUGAAGAAGUGGACAGUCCAAGCAACCAGUCCAGAAAGCGCUGGAACUCUAUGAUAGAAUCCGAAACUAAACACAACCGCGAGACCCCGCAAGUCACCCUUUCCCAGCCUGCAACAUCACUGAGUUCACACAGCAUUGAUCAACUGAUCAACAAUAUUAAAACAAUCAAGAAAAGGGAUUCGAUCUGCUUCUCCCAACCCACGCGAAAUGAUGAUGUUAUUUUACAGUUUACUCAAACGCCCAUCACCAAGGAAAACUUCCACAAGUUGGUGAAGAGAAUGACACGAUUCUAUGUUAAGUGCUCGCUUGAGAAAGCACUGGAGUGUUUGCGCACUGCUCUGGAUAGUUUGCACUAUCCCUGGAGCAUGGAUGCGGCUGGAACCGUGACUAUUUCAACAGUGGAUCUGCAGAAGAAUCAACUGAUCUUCAAAACGAAUCUCAUUCAAAUGGACGACAAAAUUCUCAUGGAUUUCCGACUGGCCAAAGGCUGUGGUUUAGAGUUUAAGAAAAAGUUCCUAAAACUGAAAAAUGCUCUAUCGGGAAUUAUUGAGAAGCCCGAAACGUCGCCCCCCAGUUCAGAUUGAUUUCAACUGGAUAUCAGUAUUAAAAUUAAAUCGUGUUAUCACAUGUGCUUACUCGUUAAUAUUGUAUGUAUUAUGUUUAGCUUAAGUUUUACAGACAUCGUCGAUUAGUCAGUCAAGUAUUUUUCUACCGUUGUUAAAUUAACUAUGUAUUUUAUUGUGUAUAUAAUACAGUGUUUUUUCAUAACUACUGUUGUAAUUUAGUGCUAAAUAAACGACAUUUUCUAUUUUA